UGAAUGGUGACAGCAGUCAGCAGGUGAACAGGUGACAUGCUCGCUCACUUCCAGCGUUUUCAUGGCUCGUUCUGCGCCUCUGUGGCACGUUUGUCAUUCGUGAUCGCGGUUUAUUGUGGACUGUUCAGGAAUAUAACGAGUGGGACAUUAUUGUGAGUGUUUGAGAGGUUUAUGGUGUGUUAUUCUCCCGCUACGGGGUCUUAUUUGGAUUUGGAAAGCGACUUUACGCACAAGAUCUCCUCAAUCCAAGAUUUGGAAGUGAUUACUGCGCGGUGGGAUGGCGGAGGAAACCUUCAACGAAUCAUUUCCAGAUCUGAAGGAAGUGGAAAAUAAAGUUGGCAGGAAGACACCGGAAAGUCUUCUAAUUUGGAUGAGGGAUGCUGCGGACGGCGAAAAUGGAUGGAGGUCUGAUGUGGUGGACAUGGGAGACCGCAGCUCCGAUAGUUUUUCUGACAAAAUAAGCAAUUUAAAACAAGAGAUGAGGUGUCUGCGUUCUGCUGAUGUGAGGAUUCUGCGGCAGCUGGUAGCUGUGCACGAGGGAAUCGAGGCGAUGCGUUGGCUGAUGGAGGAUCGGGGCGCCUUAGCCAGCCAUGGCAGCAGCCUGACAGGCAGCCUGAGCAGCCUGGCCACGGUGGAGGAGGCCUCCAUGUCCCCCUGCAGAGAAAGCCAGAGUCCAACUCAGGAUUUGACUGAAACAUCUGGAGAGGAAUCAGCUGAUCACACACUAUCCUCUGAUGACGCGGAUACAAACCACAUGGAGAUCCCAGAGUCUACUGAAGCAAGGCAAUCAAGUCCUUCCACCCCUGAGUUUGAAGUCAGUAUUUCCACACAUGGCAGGCGUGAUGGGGCAUCAUCUACUCCUGUUAAUGGUUUGGUUAGAGCCAAAUUUCCAAAGUCACAACCACAAGACCUUAAAGCCGGCACUGACAUUGUCAGAAAAGCUCUCCUCAGAUCUAGCAGAGCAAAAAAAGACAUGAGAGCAGAGAGUGGUAGCUUUUCCCUCACUGAACAGUCACAGACAGAUCACCAAGCUCAGGAGAGUCCCCGAACCUCUCUGAACAAUACCAUGGAAGAGGAAGAGACUGCGCCCAAUAGAGAGACGGCUUUGCUGGGCUAUGACGCUCAGUGGUGCUGGGUGGAGUCACUGGACGAUGUGGUGUUUCUAUGAUCUUCCAUAAGCACCAUUUGAAUGGAUGAUCUCUGGUUUGAAGCUAUUCCUUUCAAAUUCGACAGUAAUGCAGUAGGAUUUAAAUUGCACUUUAAAACUGCUAAAUAAAUUAAGUAGAUGUAAACUGUUUGAUAUGUGUAUUUGUAAUACUUUCAAAAGCCCAAAAACAUGUUUAUCCUAUGAAGGCAACCACAAAUGUGAAGAAGCUCUUUUAGAAGAUUACUAGAAUUGCAGAGAUAUUGAUCAUGAACUUUUCUCUCGUUUUCAUGUGAUUGCAAUUAAUUUAAUUCAAUUGUCUGAUUUGUUCAUAUACUUUAAUGGCU